ACCUAGUUUAUCAGCAAUUAACCCAAAUCACGUGUCGCAAAUUGUACAAUCGAUUCGAAAUUGGGGCAUUAUGGAUUACCCAGGACGACGACUAACGUCGUCAAGGAAAUUUCCUCGGCUAUAAAAGCUGAAAGAUAAAUAUAGCGAAAUUCUUGUUUUAAUCGAUCGACCCGCGAAUUAUAAGCUAUUAUCCUUGAUGAUAAUUGCAAUGGGGUGGAUUGAUCGAUAUUUGUUCUAUUUACAAUAAGUCAUUAAUGUCGAAUUAUUCGAUAAUAUCGCGAAGAAAACGUCAACAACCAAGAUGAAGAUGUUCGCAUAAAAGAGUGUGGUGUUUGUGUCGUGUACGUGAUUUGUUUUUCAUUUUUAUAAUCGAUCGGUUCGAAUUGUGACGAGGUUACGCUGCUGCUUAUUCAAAAUGGGUAUUGUACGAUUGAUUGUAUGGAUCACUUUCUCCGUUGUUUUGGCGACCGUAUUCCCUGGUCAAAAAUCGCCAACGGUGUCUGCAGCCGAUGACACCACUCUAACAGGAGCAGCUAGCAGCCUAGGAACUGCAUUAUCAGACACUUACACCGAAUUAGCAGCCAUCAAAUACGAAGAAUACCAAUUAGCCUACAAAGCUCUGCGAAUGUCCUUAGGAUUCCUCACCAAUUUACUCGGCAGAUCGAUUAACGGACUUGGAACAACUUUAGAUCUGGCUGGCAACGGAUUAACAGCAGCUAGAUCGUACACCGAAACUGGAACUGGUUAUUUGGUCGAUGCUGCCCAAGGUGGUCUGAGAUCUGCGUCCACUGCUGUGGGAGCUGCCGGAGAAUCUACCAAAGGGUAUGGUAACAGUUUGCUCGAUCUUCCGAAAGCUGGUGCUGCAGCUGGAGCUGGAUCUGGAAAAUAGAGUGAUGUGAACGAGAAUUGAUCAUCGGAAAGGCUUUAUGUUUGGAAUAAAUGAAUUUUUUCGUUUCCAACGUGUCAUCGUGGUAUAUUUUUUUAAUGUUGUGUGUCGUUCAUGCAAUGCAUUAAAUUUUUUUAAACAUC